AAGGAAACAUGCAUUGGACUAAACAAUCAGAGUUAUAUAUGUGAAACGGGUCACUGCUGUGGACAAUCUCAGUGCUGCAACUACUACUAUGAGCUAUGGUGGUUUUGGCUGGUGUGGACAAUAAUCAUAAUACUCAGCUGCUGUUGUGUUUGUCAUCAUCGGCGAGCUAAGCACCGCCUCCAGGCACAGCAACGGCAACACGAGAUCAACCUCAUAGCUUACCGCGAAGCGCACAGCUACUCUUCGGUGCCAUUUUACUUCCGUAUGUUAUUGAUCUAUCUAUUUAUAGAUCUCUAUUUGCUACCUCCCUAUGAAGAAGUGGUGAACAGACCUCCAACUCCUCCUCCUCCAUACACUGUCUUACAUCAGCAGUGCGUUGCAGCAUGUUCUAGUGCUGUAGCCACCGACCCAGUUAGGACUGGGCAGCAUAGCCAAACAAGUUCUCCAGCUGCAGCAAGCUGUAGUGAAACACGACCUCCAAGCUCUGAAAGCUUUGAUCAGAGCGGUUUCUUUGAUGGCAAAGACAAAACCCCUGGCAGACACCGAAGAUUUACCGGUGAUUCGGGCAUUGAAGUGUGCCUGUGCAGUCGGAGCCAUCAUGAUGACUUUAAAGAACUCGAUGGUUUAAUUGAUGACACAGGUGAAAACUUCUGUGACAGCUGUGCGUCAUGUGACACUCACCCCCACAGAGACGAAGAAGAAGGGAUAUUUGAUCAUGCAGAGGUAUCUCGUGAUCUGGAUCAUCCACGACAGAAUUUGAGCUUGCUGAAUACCAUCAAUGAACAAGACUCGCCAAAUUCCCACAACAGCAGUAGCUCCCGUGGCUAA